CCGGCUGGCAGUCGCAAUAUGAGAUCGGCAGUGCUUGCACUGUUCUACGUGAGCUUGUGGCUCUGCUUGGGAGGCGUUGCUCAGGUGCUGAGCAAGCGCUAUAUGCGCUGCGAGCUGGCCAGGAAGCUGCUCGAGCAGCACAGCUUCGAGCGCAGCCUGCUGAGCAAUUGGAUAUGCCUGCUGGAGCAUGAGAGCGACUUGGAGACGGCCAAGCUGACCACGAAUCCGAAUGGCUCGCACAGCUAUGGCCUCUUUCAGAUCAAUGGACGCUACUGCCAGGAGAGUCGACGUGGCGGCGUUUGCAAUGUCAAGUGUGAAGACCUGCUCGACGAGAAUCUGCCCUGUGCGAAACGCAUUCAAGCUGCCGAGGGCUUCCGCCACUGGAAUGGCUGGCAACGCUUUUGCCGCAACAGCCAGAACCUGCCCAAUCUGAAGCUCAUAUGCGGCAUAUGACUUAUUCAGUUGCUCCAAUAGCCAGAAAGAGCUCUGUACAUAUUUGAAGGGAUGUGCAUGUGGCUCAAUCUACAGUGGCGUACGAAAUAAGCAGCGCACUUCAAAUGAAUUUUAAUGAUUGUGAUC